AUGAUUCCAAAGCAUCGAUUCAUUGAGACAUUGAACAGAUACAGGAUUUUUGUAGGUGAUCAUCUUAUAUCCAACUGGCUUCCAAGACAUGAAUGUUCAAGGAGAUUGGCGCUCCAGUUAUAUUCAAACAUUUGUUUGGAUAAUGGGGUGAAAAUGUUGCUGGGAAAGGCUGAAGAUUUGUACCUAGACCUAAAAGGACUUGAAGGCAUCAAGAAUGUACUUGCAGAGUUAAAUAAAGGGAACGAUUUUCCACAUUUACAGAGUCUUCAUGUCCAAAAUGGUAUGCAGGUGCAAUAUAUCACAAUGAACAAAAUUGAGCUCUCUGAAUUACGUUUCAUAAAACUUGAGAGGCUGCCGCAACUUAUUAGCUUUUGCUGUCAAGAGGAAAGGUGUUCCACGAGUUUUGAGCCCCUACCACUUUUCAUUAAUCAGACAUAUCAUUGGAGUUCGAAUUUGAGGAGGUUGAUCAUCACUGCAUGCGGCAAGUUGGAGCAUCUGUUGUCACCCUCUGUCGCCAGGAGUCUGGUGCAGCUCCACCGCUUUGAGAUAUGGGGCUGUGAGUCCUUAAGGGAGAUAAUAUUUACAGAGGAAAUAGAAGAAGAAGAUCAAGAAGAAAUGAAUAAUGUGAUUUGUUUCCCCCGAUUAAACUUUCUGGAUAUGCAUUCCCUUCGAAACCUCAUCUCCUUCUGCUCAGGAAAUUAUAAUAUCGAAUUCCCUUUGUUGAAAAAGCUAGAGAUUGACGGUUGCCCGAAAUUAAAAGAAUUCAUUAGUGAAAGCGGUAUUGAGUCCGGCAUGCAUACUCUCUUCAAUAAGAAGAUGAUAUUUCAUAAUGAGCUACCACCAGAUUCUUUUCGAAAUCUACGAGAAUUAAGUGUUUCAAGGUGUGAGAUUUUGAAAAAUCUAUUUCCAGCAUCCAUAGCCAAACAUCUUUUACAACUUGAAGAUUUAAGCAUAAGCCGGUGUGGGGUGGAGGAGAUUGUAUCGGAAGGGGAAGGUGUGGAGCAGCAGCCUGUGAGUUUUGAGUUUCCCAAAGUGUCUUCCCUUGCGGUUAAACACUUAGAAAAGCUCAAAUGUUUCUAUAAAGGGCAACAUACAAUUGUGUGGCCAAUGUUGAAAAAAUUGACCACGGAUUGUUCUGCUUUGCUAAUGAUAGUGGGUUUAGAAGAUGUUAGAAUCCAGGAAAGGAAGGGAAAUGGGGAGGCAGUUUUGUUGGUUGAAGAGGUCAUUCCCAAUUUAGAGACACUUGAGUUACGAAAUUUUAGUGAUACGGAUCAAUUUCCAUCGGAUUUGUUCCCUCGCAUUAAGGUUUUUGAAGUGGGUGGUGGCUUCCAUAGUGGAUCUUCUUAUAUAUUUCCUCUUGUCCGAAGAUUCUACAAUUUGGAAACUCUAAAUUUUAGUCAUUUUGAUUUCAAACAUGUAGUCCCUUGUAAGGGAGAUGUUGGGACUCUCUCACCAAUAAAAAAUCUGACAUUGCUUUCUUCCAAAAAUCUUAAGCAUUUAUGGAGGAAAGAUUCGGAAUUUGGUCAUAUUCUCUCUAGUCUCCAAAAACUCACAAUUUGGGGAUGUCAUGAUUUGAAAAAUAUUGGAGCCUCGUCAUUAUCUUUCCAAAAUCUCACAACUUUGUGGGUGUCAUAUUGCAAAAUGAUGACAAAUUUAGUUACACCCUUAGUAGUUGAGAAUCUGGUGCAAUUAACAACAAUGAGGGUAAGAGACUGCAGUGAAAUGACAGAAAUAGUGACAAAUGAGGGAGACUAUCAUCAGACAAUAGUUGUCAGGAAAUUGAAAUGUUUAGAAAUAAGCGACCUACAAAGGCUCACAAGCUUUUGUCCAGGGCGUUACACCUUCAACUUCCCUUGUUUGGAAGAAGUAGUUGUGGAAAGGGUGGAUUCAAUAGCCCAUUUGUUUUGGACAUCUCAAGAAAUAUGGAAAAGAAACCCUCAAGAAAUUUUGGAGUCGAAGAACCUUGGCAGAAUGGAGAUUUAUAAAUGUAGCAGCUUGAGCUAUAUUUUUACCCCGUCUAUGCUUUUGAGCCUCAAGCAACUAAAAAGGAUAGAAGUAAAAGAAUGCAAUACAAUGGAACAAGUGAUCAGGGAAGACGACGAGGGAGCAACCAUACAUAAUUUGAUAUUUCGUAACCUCUCCUUUGUAAAAAUAGAGACGUGUCCCAACUUGACAAUUUUUUAUUUGGGAAGUCGACCUCUUGAAAUUCCAAAGUUGCGGGUUAUUACGAUAGCCGAGUGCCCAAAAAUGACAGCAUUUACUUCUACAAUUUCAAGAAAGAGUGAAAAAGUGAUUGACGAGCAAGACGUGGAAGAUGAUACUGCCGCUUUAUUCUAUGACAAGGUUGUCAUUCCCCAUUUGGUGAAUCUGAAGUUGUCCUCCAUUAACAUUCAUAAGAUAUGGCACCACCCAUCCCACCCACCAGAGAGGAAUCAGAUGUUCUCUACACUGUGGUCCCUGUGUCUGGAAGACCUUCCCAAACUCAAAGAUACCUGCUUUGAGAAUGGCUUUGAAUUCCCAUGCUUAAGAGAUUUAACACUAACAAAUUGUCCUCUGCUGAGAACAUUCAUCUCUAAAUCUGUAUGUGGAGAUGAACCUCAAAUUCACCAACCUACACAAACAAAUAACUCUGCUGUCCUCAAUCAAAAGGUUGUUUUCCCUCGUUUGGAGAAGUUGCUGAUUCAGGGCUGUGAUUCGUUGGAAGAAAUAAUUGAGCUGCAAGCACUCAAUGCCAAUGAAGCACAGUCAACAUCAGCUACUCGGUCUACUAUGGCACAAACAGUGAUGACCAAGUUUGUAUUUCCCCAUCUAACGCACCUUGGACUGGAUAAGGUGCCGAGUUUGAAAAGUUUCUACUCUAGGAUGCAUACCACCCAAUGGCCAUCAUUGAAAUUUAUGAAGGUUAUUGAAGGCCCCAAAGUACAGAUAUUUGGUGAGGUUGAAAUCCCAAACCAACAACCCUUGUUUUGCGUCAAUGAGGACACUUUCCCUGUUUUACAAGAAUUAACACUGAAGACGAAUGAUAUGAUAAAGGGGAUAUGUGAUGGAAAACUCUCAUUGCAGUGUUUCCCAAACCUCAAACUUCUUAACCUCCAAUUCUUUCCUGAGACAUCCACUACUCUUCCAUAUUCCUUCAUUCAGUCACUACCAAAGCUUGAGAAGCUUGUUAUAAACAAUGCCUCCAUUUCUGAAAUAGUCCGGUUUGAAGGACACAUCAACGAGGAAAGGCACACAUCGGCAUGCUAUCAGUUAGAGGCCUUAAGGUUGUCUCAACUUCCAGAGCUAACAUUAAAGACUUUAGAGCCAUUUUUGUUGUCUUUCAAAAAUCUAUUAAGUAUGGAAGUUUCAAGAUGCCAUGGAUUCAUCAAUCUAAUGGCAUGCUCGACAGCUAAGAGCCUGACACUACUAGAAAGAUUGAGCAUAGCUGAUUCUGAGUUGGUAGAAGAAAUCAUAUCAUGUGAAGGUGAAGACUUACAGGCCAGCAUUGUUUUUCCCAAGCUGAAGUAUUUGCAACUAAGUCAUCUGCCAAGUCUAGCAAGCUUUUCAUUGGCGCAUCACUCGUUGGAGUUCCCAGUCUUGCAAAUAGUGAUAGUGACAGACUGCCCAAAAAUGAAGAAUUUUUCUCAAGGGGAGUUAAGCACACCAAGGCUGGAACAUAUGCACUUAACAAGAGAUGAGGAUGGUGAACUGCAGUGGGAAGGCGACCUUAACACCACCAUAAAGCAUAUGUUCGAUCAAAUGAAUAUGCAAAAUUCUCAAGCGAUCGAGGUAACUGAUCAGUUGCUCCAACUGGAAUAA